AUGGCUUCUCCUGAUAAAGGGACAGGCUUUCGUGCCUACCUAAGGCGUAAGAAAGAUAACAUUGUAGCAAGAUCCAGGCCCCGCAGCGCAUCGGACCUUUCAAUUUCCAUACCCUCCCUUCACCCCGAUACCCAGUCCUUACACGCCGAGCCAGCCGCCUCUCAGUCGAGUUCUACUGCUGAUGAUGUGGUAGCCUCAAACAGCCCAUUGCAACACUCAGACAAAGAUCAGCUACUGGUCACAAUUGAUCCACUCAAAGGCACUGACGCAGCUAGAGAUACCGCGACCGUCAGAGUUCCCUGGCUUAUCACCCCUACACCUUCAGCCAUACAAGCCCUUACUAGUACACUGAGAAAAUUGCAUAGCGCAACGGAGGUUUUCCCACCCCUACAAGUUGCUGUUGGAGGGCUAUUAGCCUCCGUCGAGCAUAUAGAGCUGAGCUCUAAGAAUCAUGGCAAAAUGGAGGCCUUGGCAAGACGGCUGUCAUUCCUCAUCGAGCUGCUCCGCCGGCAUAUACAAGAAGCCAAGUCGACCGAAGUUUCCGAGUUCCUUCAAGGAAUCGCAACGUCUGUCAAAGAGCAAGCGGCGACCAUCCGCAGCAAGCAGGACCACCAAACCACAAGAUACGCUAGGAAUGUGGAACAGGACGAGGAAGGGAUACUACGCGGGUACAAGAAUAUAGCUGAGAUCCUGGAAGACAUGAAGAUUGAAGCAAGCCUGAAAACGUGGAAUAUAGCCGAAGAACAGCUUGCGCACUCUCGCCUUGCCUGUUUAUCACCUGUCGAAUCCGCCAUCUACAACUCACUGUUGUCUCAUGAUGUGAAUCGUAGAGCAUGCACUCAGAACACUCGGUCGGAUAUCUUGCUCGAGCUCAAUCAGUGGUCACUCGAUCAAAACAAACCCAGCGUCUACUGGAUGAAUGGGAUGGCGGGCACAGGCAAGACAACGAUUGCAUACACAUUUUCCCGGUGUCUUGAAAAUCGUGGUGCACUUGGGGCUAGUUUCUUUUGCACCCGCACAUCUGAGGAAUGUCAAAACGUGGGAAGAAUCAUACCGACUAUCGCGUAUCAACUCGCGCAGUGUUCCCCUGCUUUUCGAUCAGCGUUGCUAGAGGUCUUAGAGCAACAGCCCAACAUUAAAUCACAGUCGAUCGACAGGCAAUGCGAGCGGCUUAUCAAGGAGCCUCUAUCGAGAUUGAAGAACGAAAUGACAAAAGGGCUCGUAGUCGUGAUCGAUGCACUCGACGAAUGCAGCAACGCGAACGGGGUGCGAACAAUCCUGGAAGUCCUUUUCAGGAUCACUCCAACCCUCCCUCUCAGGUUCUUCGUCACCAGUCGACCCGAGCCGGACAUCCGCCACAGGAUCGAGGCGCAGUCGGACCGCAACCGGACGAUGUGCGUGCUUCAUGAGAUCGAAAAGUCGCUAGUGGAAGCAGAUAUCGAGCUGUACCUUCGUGAUGAACUUGGUAACGGCGUCUCUGAGCAUGAUUUGACCAAACUUGCCAAACUCUCUGGAAGCCUGUUCAUAUAUGCGGCCACAGCAACUCGCUAUAUUCGAAGAAAAGGCACCAUGAUAGAUCAAGAUCGGCUCGAGGCUAUCCUGAACUUAUCUUCCAAAUUAGCCAACCGGCACGCAGACAUUGAUGCUCUUUAUUCUACUAUCCUAUAUGCGGCAGUCUACGACUCAACCCAGGAUCAGGAGGAGCAAAGCCAGACACUUGCAAUAGUUUGGACCGCAAUUUGUGCACGAGAGCCGGUCAAUGUGGAUACGCUGGGAGCUCUGGCGGGGGUCAAAGUGGCAAAGGCUAACAUAUUGCUCCAGUCUCUGUAUUCGGUGCUGCACGUGUCGCAAGCGACUGGGACGAUCACCACACUACACGCAUCGCUCCCCGACUUUAUGUUUGGCAAGGUGCGGUCGGCGAAGUUCUACUGCGACGAAGCAAAGCACAGUCAAAUGCUCGCCGAACGGUGCUUCCAGGUCAUGAAAGACGAGCUGCGAUUCAACAUCUGUAGUCUAGAGACAUCGUUUAUACCCGAUAGAGAAGUGCAACGCCUGGAAGCUCGGAUAGCAAAGUCAAUCUCGCCAACGUUGUCAUACGUAACACACCAUUGGGGAGACCACGUAGUCAAGAGUGCGCCUUGUGAAAUAGUGCGGAAUGCGCUAGAAGACUUCCUGUCACACCGGCUGCUGUUCUGGAUGGAGGUGGUCAGCCUAAAGCGUACGCUGGACAAAGGGAUAGGCAUGCUGUCAGCGCUCAAGCCAUGGCUGACGGUCGAAGACGCAUCAUCGAAUCUGGUCAAACUGCUGGAUGACUCGUGGAUUUUUGUGGCAAAGUAUGCUGCUGGAUCUGUUUUGCAGUCGACGCCGCAUAUAUACAUCUCGGCAUUGGCAUUUUGCAAUCACUCAAGUUCGAUACACAAGCAGUACUGGGGCCGCACUCGAGAGCUUCUGAGCUUGGAAGGCUCUGCGAUGGAACAAGGUCAAAUGUCGCUACUUGCGACAUGGCAAAUGCCCUCGCAGGCCCUCUCACCUGCAUUCUCACCUGAUGGGUCUCGGUUUGCAAUUGGAUUCGAAUAUGGCACAGUGUAUGUAUUUCAUGCCCACAAUGGGACAGUGGCUCUUGGACCCCUGGAAGGGCACACCAGUCAAGUCAACUCCGUAGCAUUCUCUCCCAACGGGCUGCUACUUGUAUCUGGCUCUCAAGACAGUGCAAUCCUUGUGCGAGACGCGCGGACGGGCAGUUGUAUGUAUGACGUCAUCAAGGGGCAUGAAAGAGGAGUGGCGUUGGUAUCGUUCUCACCCGACGGCAAGCACAUCCUCUCAGGGUCCCUUGACCGGACAACGCGGGUGUGGGACAGUGGCAACGGCAGUCUCAUACCCAACUCCAUCAAGCGCCACCCUCAUGAAGUCCUUUGUGCGGCGUUCUCUCCUGAUGGGAAAUAUAUCGCCUGCGGCUUGUAUAGCAAUAAGAAUCCCAUCGUCGCUUACGACGCAUCCACCAGCGAAUCUCUCCCAUUUUCAUUCGGCGCUCAUCGGUUUCCAGUGGAAUCAAUUGCCUUUUCGCCAAACAGUAAGCACCUUGUCACUGGCCAUGCAUCCGGCGAUCUGCGCGUCUGGAAUCUACAGGACGGCACCCCCACACACUCCCCGCCCAAAGUACACAACCGCAGAAUCACAUCCAUUGGGUUUUCGCCACUCGGAGACAAGCUCGUCACGGCUUCUGUUGAUAAGUGCGUGUACGUAUGGGAUGUAAAGAACGGCUACUCCAACCCUUGCCUACUUGGCACACACGAUCACUAUGUUUUCUCAGCUGCAUUCUCCCCUGACGGCACACGAGUUGCAUCAUGCUCAUCUGGGACCGUCAAGAUGUGGAAUACACUCUACUCGGCAUCAUCUCAGACCUCACAGUCGAGCGCACCAAUCAAGGCUAUCUACUCGGUUGCCAUCUCGCCUGAUGGCUCACGUAUUGCCGCAGCGGGUGGUGACAAAGCGAUCUACAUGUUCAACACACACGAUGGCACUGCCGCUCUCCAACCACUUGUCGCACACACGGGCGAGAUCUUCUCGGUGGCGUUCUCACUCAACGGCAGGUACCUCGCUUCUGGCGGCGACGAUAAUGGCAUAUGCCUGUGGGAUGCCACUAGCGGCAAGCUACUAUCCGGUCCAGUUGCAGGACAUGAAAAUUGGAUUUGGUCAGUUUCGUUCUCACCCGAUAGUAGGUGUAUUGUUUCUGCUUCCUCCGACAAGACCAUACGUACGUGGGAUGUGGACGAUGAGACUCUGGCGCCCACAGACCUCGUUGGAACACACGGCGACGAGGUCAACUCAGCGGUAUUCUCCCCCGACGGCAGGCAUAUUGUUUCUGGGUGUGACGACAAGAAGAUCUGGAUGUGGAACUCGCAGACGCUAUCACUCGUGUUCGAUCCCUUUGGGUGGCAACAGCAUGAAGGGCCUAUCCGGUCGGUGACAUUCUCACCUGAUGGAAGACUCAUUGCAUCCGGGUCCGGGGAUGGCGCUAUCUGCAUUUUCGGCUCGCAUAGUGGCGAGUUGGUUCUUGGCCCUCUCAAAGGACAUCAGCAUUCGGUGAAGUCAGUUGUGUUUUCACCCGACGGCGAUUACAUCGUAUCUGGCUCGGAGGAUCGAAGCGUUCGAGUGUGGAGGGUGGGAGAUGGCGCCCCUGCAUGUGAAGCACUUGAGGGGCAUCAAAAUCAAGUUCAGUCGGUGGCAUGUUCACCGAACGGCGCAUACAUUGUAUCAGGCUCAUCUGGCUCAACGAUUCGAGUAUGGAAGGCGCCAGGAAGGGGCGUUGGAUCCGACCUAUCCCAGUCUGCCUUUUCGACGUCAGACGAGCGGCAGCCUCACUAUGCGACUGCCGGCGGACUGACGAUCAAUAGCGAUGGGUGGGCACGCAACCACAACUCACAGCUGCUUUUCUGGGUCCCAUCUGAUCUACUCAAGCUCUUUCCCCGCCCUGAGACCGUCUAUACGAUCGGGCCUGAAGGCACGCUUCGAGCAGAUUAUACUAAGCGCUUGCUGCUUGGGGACGAGUGGCAUCGAUGCUUUGCUGGCUGA